AAGGCCUCGGCGCGCUCCAUUGAGAAAAAGCCUCGCGAGGCCGGCCUCGCAAAUGUGACUACGGUCAGCAGGUCGCAUAUUUUACGACAACAAAUCACGCAUUUUUCGAGAGUUUUCUCGAUUUUUCCAUCGAUCUGUGGCGACAUGAACAUUUCGAACGCCAGUGAUGGUCGGCUUAAGCCGAUUUAUUCAUUUUUUGUAACCGUUAUUCAAUUUCAGACACAAUUCAGAUGCCUCAAUCUCACUUUCCUUCAACGUACUCUGGGCGGAUCAAGCGCCCCAAAAAGCAGUUCGCUUCAUCAAGAACAGCAGCAAUACGAGAGAGACACCAGAAGUAUGCCUGCAUCGAAAUUUUGGCCUCUGGCAAAAAGCUCCUAUCCAAUUUUGCACGAAAUCGCCCGAAAAGUUCAUGCGAUUCAAGCUUCGGAAGCAGAUGUAGAAAGAUCUUUUUCAAUCAUAAAAAACUCGUACACACCAAAUCGUCAGAGCCUGGACUUAAAAAUGCUGGAAAAGUUGAUGAUUCUCAAAGAAAAAGAUCGAUUCGACACAGGCGAGACUUGA